UUAUCAUUAACCUCAUAUCCAAUAUGGCUUCCCAAGAAAGCUCAAGUAACGAAAAUGCUAACCAGCCUUCAAAAACAACACCGAAAGAUGCUCUUGUAAUGGCAGCAAUUUUAAAAGAAAUGGGUGUUACGGAAUUUGAACCACGAGUUAUAAAUCAAAUGGCUGAAUUUGCAUACCGUUACAUUACUGAUGUGGUCGAAGAUGCUCGAGUGUAUUCCUUUCAUGCAAAUCGAAAAAAUGUUAAUAUAGAUGAUAUUAAACUGGCUGUUUCACAGAAACUUGAUCAUUCGUUCACUUCCCCUCCUCCGAGAGAGUUUCUGCUUGAUAUUGCACGGAGUAAGAAUUCAUUACCAUUGCCACUUAUAGCAGACCGCAGUGGAAUUCGUUUGCCUCCAGAAAGAUAUUGUCUUACCUCCAACAAUUACAAGACUAAAUCAUCCAGAAAAGGUAAUCCAGCAAACCAAAGAAAGCAAAGUGCUUCCACUUCAAACAAAACAAAGAUCUCGUCAGUACCAGGAAAUAUAGCAACGCAAAAAAUGCAGCAUCAAACACAGCAACUACAACAACAACAGCAACACCAGUUGCAACUACAGCAACAACAACAACAACAACAACACCAGAUGCAACUACAGCAACAACAACAACAACAACACCAGAUGCAACUACAGCAACAACAACAACAACACCAGAUGCAACUACAACAACAACAACAAAUGCAGCAGCAGUCUCAAAUUCCUCGCAUGCAAAUACCGCGGAUGGAUCAGCACCAACAACUUCAACAACAAAAUCGCCCGCAACAAUCUUUAUUUCCUGCAAUGUUGAAACGUAAACAUGAAGGAGACGAUGAUUAUGAUACUUGAGCACGUCAAUCCGUAAACAACGAGAACCGAGAAAAAUAUGGCUGAUGAGCUCGUCGAUACACGCGCACAUUUAGCAUGAUUUCCAGUUGUAAACAAAUGAUAAUGGUCUUACCUGGGCUAAAUAAGCUUUUGAAAACGUUUGUAAAUAUAUGUAAGUAAUAAAAAACUUCGUCCGUUACACAA